UCGCCCCGGUGCGGCGGUAGCUGGAAUUGCGCGCGUGCGCUCGAGGUGUGGUUCCUCUAUAGAGUUGGGGGCUGGGCUUGACCUGACACAGGAGGAGGUUGAGGCGGCAUGGAGAUUUCUUGGGCUAGCAUCCACACCUCCGAGCGGAGCUGGUACAUCUCCGCGCGGCAGGAGCAGGGAGAGGAGACGGAGGAGGAGGAGAAGGAGCAAGAGGAGUCGACCCCUUUGCUCCGCAGCGAGAUUCAGAGUCAGGAAUAUUCAGGUGUUUCUUUUAGUUUCUCAGUGUUUAACUUAAUGAAUGCCAUCAUGGGAAGCAGCAUCCUUGGUCUAGCCUACAUUAUGGCCAAUACAGGUAUUAUUGUAUUUAGUAUUAUGCUGUUGAUAGUUGCCAUCAUGGCUUCUUACUCAGUUCAUCUCCUUCUUACUAUGUGUAUUCAGACAGCUGUCACAUCUUAUGAAGACCUUGGUCUUUUUGCAUUUGGAUCAGUUGGAAAGGUGGCUGUGGCAAGUACAAUAAUUAUUCAGAAUAUUGGAGCUAUGUCAACUUAUCUUUUAGUUAUUAAAACUGAACUUCCUGGUGCAAUUUCACAGUUUCUAACUGAUGACUGUAGCAGAUCAUGGUAUCUUGAUGGAAGAAUACUGUUGAUAAUUAUAUGUGUCUGCAUUGUUUUUCCCCUUACACUUCUUCCUAAGUUAGGCUUUCUUGGCUACACAAGUAGUUUAUCAUUUUUCUUUAAGGCGUUCUUUGCUCUUGUGGUUAUAGUGAAAAAAUGGUCCAUCCCUUGUCCACUGACACUCAGUCAUAAAGAGGAAUUCUUCCAGAUCUCAAAUAUCACAGAAGAUUGUAAACCAAAGUUUUUUCACAUCUCCAAAGAGAGUGCUUAUGCCAUUCCAACUAUGGCAUUUUCAUUUCUCUGCCAUACUUCAGUAUUGCCCAUAUACUGUGAGCUUCAAAGGCCUUCUAAGAGUCGAAUGCAGAAUGUAACCAAUACAGGGAUUGCUUUAAGUUUUCUCGUUUAUUUUUUAUCAGCAUUAUUUGGAUACCUCACUUUUUAUGAAAAAGUGAAAUCCGAAAUAUUACAGGGUUAUAGCAAAUACUUGCCACAUGAUGUUGUUGUAAUGGCUGUAAAGUUAUGCAUACUGUUUGCUGUGCUCUUGACAGUCCCUCUAAUCCAUUUCCCUGCAAGAAAAGCAAUAAUAAUGACAUUUUUUCCUAAUCGCCCAUUCUCAUGGAUUCAUCAUGUUUUGGUCACUUUAGCAGUCAAUACUAUCAUUGUUUUACUUGCACUAUAUGUUCCUGACAUUAGAAAUAUAUUUGGUAUAGUUGGUGCCAGUACAGCAACGUGUUUGGUUUUUGUGUAUCCAGGAUUAUUUUAUCUUAAACUCAGUAGAGAGGAUUUUAUAUCACAGAAGAAGCUUGGGGCUUUAGUAUUACUUCUCUUUGGAAUUCUUGUUGGGAGUUUGAGUUUCGCUCUCAUCAUUUUCGACUGGAUUAAUAAAUAAAAGAAUUAUUAUCCUUAACUCCUAUGAAACAGUUGAUAGGAAGAUUUCCAGCAAAACAUGUGUAUUGUCAUAAAACUCUGCUGAUUAUGGACUAUAGAAGACAUGCAGUUGUUUAUUCAUUCAGUCAUGUCCAGCUUUUCUUAGUAAAAACACAAUUGGUUUGUCUUUUUUUUUUUUUUUUUUUCUAGUGUGUCUCCAUUUUACAGAUGAGAAACUGAGGCAAAUAAGAGUUAAGGAUUUGCCCCGGGUCACACAGAUAGUAAGUGUCUUAGGGCUAGAUAUAAACUCAAAUCUUCUGACUUCAGGUCUGGCGCUCUAUUCACUACUAGCUGUCCCUAUUGCCAUACUACUUUUGAGUUUUUCAGCCAGUUUUGGAAAAGUAUGUUUUUUAUAUAAGUGAACUUUCUUAUUCCUAGAAUUAACUACUUUUAAAGUGUUUUAAUAAGAAUAACCUAGAAUAAAUCAAUCCUCUUCUGAGAAAAGAAAGCAUACCUUUAGUCUUAGCAAACCUUGUAAGAUAAUUGCAGCUUGACAUUUUUAUAGUGUUUUAAAGUUUACAGACUACUUUACAUUCACUAUCUUAUUUGAUCUUCCCAACAUCCCUGUGAAGAAGGGAGUGCAAGUAUUAAUAUCUCUUUACAGAUGUAGAAACUGAGGUUCCAGUGGAUAAAUGAUUUGCCAGAGAUCAGACAGCUGGUAAAUUGCAAAAUCACAAUCUGAACCCAGAUUUUCUGACUACAAAUCCAGUGUUCUUUUUAUAUUUUAUUAUGCUGCUUCUUCACAAUCCAAAGAGAUUGUAAUAUAAUUGAAUUUAAGAAUUGUCAGCUAUUUUUCAUAGUGCUCUGCACAAUACUAAAUAUAAUUCUCUGGAAAUACUUGCUAAUUGAUCAGUUAUAAGAGGGUAGAAUAAGUGUUAAUAUAUGAGCUAACAAUAUUUUUCUUAUUUAAUAGAUUGAGAGGCUUGUAUUAGGAUCAUGGAGAAUAACCAGCAUUAUUUCUUCUUGCAUUGUACUAUACUAAUAUUCAGCACAACUAGUCAGUAUUUCCAUUACAAGUACUUGUUUUCUAAAACCUCAGUUUGGUUUGAACUGACUUUAAGGAUAUUUAUGUUCUGACUCCAUAAGCCAUUUUGUGUUUACACCCCUACUAUUAGAGAAAAUAAAACUUUCUAGUUAUAUUUCUAAAGCACAGUGGGGAGCUUUAAUCUAUUUGGAUCUAAUUAUGUGCUGCUGUUAGAUUCAAAAAUCUCAUUAAGGCUAUUAUGUGUUUAUGCCUUCUGUAAAUCCAGACUUAGGUCUGUUGUGACAGCUGAUAAAAUUGUUCCCCAAACUCAUCAGCUAGCCAAGAGAAGUGAAUGCAUCAUUAGCAAAAAAGAACUUGUUUCACCAUUCCUGUAGUUAUUCAUUCCUCUCCUGUUUUAAAUUGAAAUGCGAUUCCAAACAAGAGAUCUACCAACAUUAAACCUGUUUGUUUUCUUUAGUUUCUCCUUUGCCAGUUCUUAUUUUUAAUAACUUGGAUUGAGUAAGCAUUAUUUAAGAGGCAUGAAUUUUUAGCUAAUCUAAGAGAAUAUCUGAAUUAUGGCUUGUGGUAAAAAAAAAUGGUUGGAAAUCAUAAGUCAUGUUAUCCUAGCAAUGAAAAGAACUUUACAAUCAAGGUUUUAGAACUAGAAGACACUUUAGAGAUAAUCUGUUAUCAUUUCAUUUCAUUGUUAAAGAUAAAAUAAUUGAUAAAAUGACUUAAGGUAUUAAAAGAUUAAUUGUCUUAAUGGUAGAUUUCAUUUCACUAUAGCCUUUGCUUCUAUAUCAGCAAUGUUGGAUUGAUGAAAUACUUUAAGGGGUAGGGUAAGGAUCUACCAUAGCCCCCAAACACUGUAAAUAGUUAUAUCAAUAUUAUCUUCAUCACAUUUUUGAUAUGUUAUUAUAAGAUGUUGCAUGUCCCAAAACAUAGCAGGAUCUCAACCACUGAAGUGAUUCUCUGUUAUAAUGCAUCUUCCAUGGAUAGAACAAUGCCUGAAAAUGAGUCACACGCAUGACAACCACAAACAAGAAUAUGGAUAUAGAAUUAUCACUAGAAAUGAAGAAAUUUGAAAAUUUCUGGGAAACAACAGAAAGCAAAACUGAAUACCCCGCCGGUCAUAUCAAAAUCAUUAAUCUUUAGUACUUUAUACCCUCUGCAUCUUAAAACCUCUUCAUGCCUUUACUGUUACCUCAGGAUGAAAUGGUCCUUUUCAUUACCAAAGCUGACCCCUCUCUUCACUUAUGUGACCUUGAUCACAUCUUAUUUUAUCACCUCUGGAACCUUGAUCCAUAACCCAUUUCUAUAUCACUAAAAGAUGACUGAAUGAAAAAGCUGCCAUUACACCCAAUUUUCCCCUUCUAAAAACAACAGCUAAGAGGUAAGGGAGUCCCAAAGAAAUUAACAAUAAAGACUGAGGAAAUGAACACGCUAAAAAGAAUUUUGCAAUGAAGAAAUGCUAUGGGUUAAAGUAAUCCUUGUAUAAAAUUCCAGAAGAGGAGAGUAAUUCUGCCAUAACUGUAUGUUGAAACCCAUAAAAGAGAUUUGAGUGAACAAGACUCCCCAGAGAAGUUAGAAAACCUGAUAAAAUAAUUGAAGGAAAAUCUUCAUACAUGAGGAAGAAACUAAGUUUUAAAGAAUUUCAACAUUUAAGUUCUGCAGCCUUCCAGUUCCUCAAUAUCCUUAGAUCCCAUGAUCUCUCACUUUAGCUACAUAUUUAGGAAUGGUUAUAUUCUGGAUCUCAUCAUUACCAACUAAUGUUAACACUUAAUCAAAAACUUACAUUCUCCUGUCUGACAACCUAUCCUUUCAUCUCCUUAUAUUAUCACUCCCAAAUGUAUUAUUCAUCUUCACUUCAAACUCCAGUCACCACCCCACCAUUACUCCUACUCUGACUUUCUCAACCAUUUCAACUUUGCACUGCAUUCUACUUACAACGUGCAUCCUUUGUGAAAUCUCAAUCCUGAGUUAUUCCUAAUAUCUGCCACUUUUACUUUUAUGUGCUGCUAAAUGAAGCUGGAAGAUGUCACAUUUCAAUUAACUAAGCACACCAUAAAUUCAAUUAUCUAACAUCAACUAAACUUAUAACAAUAUGGUAAUCCUUUUAUUCCUCCUUUCCCCAAAAAGCUAUUCCAAAUUUUUAAAAAAAAUUUUCAGUUUCAAAUUUUUUUCUUCCCUAUAUUCUCUCAUACCCACUGAAAAAGCAAGAAAUGCAAUACAUAUUUUACAUAUGAUGACAUGCAAAAUAUAUCCAGAUUAGUCAUACUGCUGGAGAGAAAGCAAGAAAAAUUAAGAGGGAAAAAAGUAUGCUCUAAACUUCACUCUGUCCAUUAGUUCACUAUUUGGAGAAUAGUGUAUUUCACCAUGAGACCUUUAGAAAUGUCAUGUUAAUAAUUGUAUUGAUCAAAGUUGCUAAGUGUUUCACAGUUUAUUAAUACAGUAUUGCUGUUACUGUUCAUUUUCUCCUAUUUUUUUCUAGCAGAUUUCAUACUCAAUGAUCCCCUGUCUCUAAGAUUCAACCUCUCCUAUUUUCUGCUUUAAUGUUUCCCCAAUCUUUAAAAAGAGCCUUCUCUAGACUACUAUCUCCACAAACUUAAGCAACAUUACAUCUUCCUUUCUCAAACCAAACUGCUAGAAAAAGCAGCCUACAUUUAUAGCCUUCACUUCUCCUCAACUUUACAGCGUCUUCUGACACUAUCACUUGUUAAGUCUGGCCUAGCUCCCUGGAGGCCUCAGGAUCAGGCAGUCAGGAUAAGUAAAAAUCCUGGGUCUUUAAGGGAAGAAGCAGGCAAAUUGCCAGCAGUUUUGCCAAAGAUCUCUCGAUUCUGGACUCCAGAAUCUCCACCUUUUUCCUCCUCCUAUUGCUGCCAAGUGAGUCUCUGGCCACCCUCUAAUCCUUGCUUACGAUUAUCUUGACCCCAAACAUUGAGCCAGUAUCAACUGUAAGAAGAGCCAUUUAUCCAAAUAUAUGCUAAUAGAGUCAUUGUUAUAUAUCAAAUAGGUAAUUAGCCUUAAGUGCUCAGUUGCCUGAAUCAAGCACACCUUUUUCAAAGUUUCAGCCCUUUACAAUCACUCUACUGAAACUACUGCCAAAAUUUCCUCAACCAGUACCCAAUUUGUUUCCAGUUCUAUGCUACAAGAAAAAGGAUUGCUAUAUGUUUGUUCUUAUGAGUCCUUUUAUACCCCUAUCUUUGAUCUUUUCAGGAUAUAAAUCUAAAAAAGUUAAUAUUACUAACUAUGCACAUUUCAGGAACUAUUAGGGUAUAAUUUCAAGUUGAUUUCCAGAUUGAAUCAAUGUAGAACUUUACUAAUAGUUCAUUAAUAAGUAUGCCUUGUUUUCUACAGUUUCUCCUACAUCCAUUAUUUUUUUUCUUUUUUCUUUGCCAUUCUGGUAGCUAUGGGAGUGGCAUCUCACUUAUUUUAGUUUGGCUCUUCAUUUCUCACAUAACUGCCCUACUUUGGAAUUUCUCUGACUUCUAUCUAUCUUGUUCCCAGAAGUUAAUUGGGAAAAUGUCAUCAUUCUUUAAGAUCCCAUCAGCCUUAGGAUUCCAUUUUAUCACCAUCUUUAAAUAAUAUCUUUUCUUCUGAUUAGAAAAUGCAGCCAUGAACUGUACAACUUCCCAUUAAGGAGGGAGUCUAGUUUUCUCUGACAUAGAAAAUGUCCCCAUCUGCUUUACUUUUCCCUCCCUUUCAGCUUCCUUUUGUGUGUUGUCUUCUCCCAUUAGAUUGUAAACUACUUGAAAGUAGUCUUUUUUUUUUGGGGGGGGGGGGCAGCUAAGUAGUGCAGUGGAUAGAGCACCAGCUCUGAAGUUAGGAGGAUCUGAGUUCAAAUGUGACUUAAACACUUUCUAGCUGUGUGACCCUGGACAAAUCACUUAAACCCAAUUGCCUCAGCAGCAAAAAAAAAAGUCUUUUUUCCUUUCUUCAUCUUAUAAAACUUCAAUAGUUCUUUAUAUAUAAUGAACAUGAGAACUUUAUCAGAGAAAAUUGUUGCAAAGAUCUUUCCCAUUUAGCUAUUUCACUUCAAUAGUUAAUUUCAUUAGUGUAUAUAAUUAUAAAAUUUCUAUAACCCAAAUUGUUCAUUUUAUCUUUUGUGAUCCUAUCCCUAGUUUGGUCAUGGACUCUUUACCUAAUUAUAGAUCAAAAGACUGC